AUGGCCAAGCUUUUCGAAAGAAAUUCGCGCAAUGUGCGUAUUGGGUCAUGGGUGGCAGCACUUGGCUUGUUUGCUGCCUGGUAUCAAUAUGAUCAGAAGCAGCAGCGCCAAUUCUCGGCUAAGGACACGAAGGAGUGGAAUGAAGCUAUUCUACGCAUGCAUCCACAGAGAUCCAGCAAGAAAAAACCCUAUGAAGAUUAG